UGUAUUGAAAUAGUUUUAAUAAAACAUUUUCAUCAGUCAUAUAUAUAUUUGAUAUAUUUCUGAAUAAUUAUCAACUGAUCACCAAAAGUGCCAAUUCUUCAACAUAUCACAGAUAUAUACAUUCAUAUAAUUAUUUUACUAUUAGGUCUCGAGUUUGACAAACAAUUGUUGACAUCAAUGAAAAAUGACAGAAAAUAGUGAAAACAUGAGUGUAUUAGUCAAAGCCAUCAAUUAUGCAGCCAUUGCUCACAGGAAUCAACUGAGAAAAGACAACAAAACUCCGUAUAUUAAUCAUCCGAUUGGUGUCAUGAAUACGUUGGUCCAGACGGCCAACUGUCACGAUAUUAAUGUCUUGUGUGGCGCUGUUCUUCACGACACUGUAGAAGACACAGACACUACUAUUGAUGACAUCUCUCGCGAGUUUGGACCAGAAAUAGCCUCAAUUGUUGCCGAAGUAACCGAUGAUAAGUCACUGACGCGAGAGAAACGCAAACGUCUUCAAGAAAAGCAUUCACCGCACUUGAGCUUUGCGGCCAAAUUAGUCAAAUUGUCGGACAAAUUAUACAAUUUGAAUGACCUCUUGACUAACCCACCCGUCGGGUGGACUGAAACACGCAUUCAAGAGUACUUUGAGUGGGCGUCUCGUGUGAUAGUAGGUAUGAUCGGCACUAAUGAGGCCAUUGAACAACAAUUGAGACAAGUAUUGGCCAUCAAAGGCGUCGAAAUUCCUGACAAAUAA